UAUCUUCCUACCCUGUCGAGAACUUCCCAACUUCCGCCAGACAAGCUAGCAUAGCCCAGGCUGGCCAACAGUAUCCGGUUAGGAAUCAAGAUGGCGUCAAGCAGUUGAGAGAGAUUUGGUAAUACUCAGGCAGACAUCCCGAGGCACGGACACUCCUGUAAUUACCCAUACUGUGAACACACUUGCGUCCACCAUGUCAACAGCAGUAGCUGUGCAGGGUUCUGGCCGGGUGCCAGUUAGAGGCCCUGGCGAUGGGAUGGAAACGUACAAGCCACUGGUUGCCUUGGAGAUUGCCACGAAUACGCCUCUGGCAGGGAUUCCGUUGCUGAAGGUGGCCAGCCCCAAGCACACCAGCAGACCCACCCAAGCUGUGCCCUCAACUUCCCCCCAGCACCCCGGGGUGCUCCACCUGGGCAAGGUGAGCCGCGAGGCCUGCAUGGAGGUGGACGUGGUGCGGAUCGUGGUCCCCCGCGCGGCCAUCAGCCGGAGUGGCUUUGUCUUGCCGAUGGAGGGGAAGGGGGAAGCCGGGCAGCAGAUGGAGCAUCGCCUGUCUCCCUCUCCCUCUCCUCCUCUGGAGGACUUGAGGGGGUCUCUGGAGAAGCUACAGAAUUCGGAGCGCAGGCUGCUGCAGGACAAAGAGGGUCUGUCAAACCAGAUCCGUGUCCAGACUGAGGUGAACCGUGAGCUGAAGAAGCUGCUGGUGGCGUCGGUGGGGGGGGACCUGCAGUACCACUUUGAGCGUCUGGCCCGCGAGAAGAGCCAGCUGCUGCUGGAGAACGAGGCGCUGGGCAGGAACCUGGCUCACACGGCCGAGCAGUUGGAGCGAAUGAGCAUCCAGUGUGACGUCUGGAGGAGCAAGUUCCUCGCCAGCAGGGUGAUGGCGGACGAGCUGACCAAUGCCAGAGCAGUGCUCCAGCGCCAGACCAGGGAUGCUCAGAGUGCUAUCCAGGAUCUGCUGAGUGAGAGAGAGGACUUCUCCACAGACAUGAUGCUCACACACAGGUCCCUGGAGCAGCUCCUGGUGUCUCUCCAGUGGGGCAGGCAGCAGACCUAUUACCCCAGCGCCCAGCCCCUCAGCACUGGAGAGCUGGCUGUAGCCAAUCACAAACUGGCUGACGCCAUCAACUCGCACCUGCUGGGAAAUGUAGGCAGCAGUGGGGUGAAGGGAAGCCCAGCCUCGGAGCUCUGCAACACUCCUGCUGAGAAGAUGGCCGAGAAGGUGCUGAAGAUUUUAGACCCCAUCUCAUGCCCUGUCGAGGCUGACACGCCUCUCGAUGACUCCUCCCCAUCUGCUUUUCUGACCAAUAAGAAGAGCAUCGGACGAUUCCACCCAUACACUCGUUAUGAGAACAUUACUUUCAACUGCUGCGAGCGCUGCAGUGGAGACAUCCUGGUGCUCUAGGGUCAGAGGUCGGGGGGGGGGGUCAGAGCCACAUGACCUCAGUGUCUGGAUCAGUCUAGUUAAACCUCAACGUCAGGAAGCCAAAAUCAGAGACACAGGGGGGAAAGGUAUUGCAGUCCAUUACCAAAGUGUGAGAGACCAUUUACACCAGCAUGGGACUGCUAUUUCCCCAUGAAGUUGAUGUCUUUAACAUUACAACGAUUGUGUUUUGGGAGAGUACAACUACCUGUGUUUGACCACUUUGUAGACCAACGUACCAAGUGGAACACUGUGUUCAAGCUUUGUUACCUCAUUCAUAGCUUUUUGUUUCUCUCCAUAAUUAAGAAAGACAGAUUUUAGGUUUGUGGGGACAUUGCCCCAUCUUUUAGGUAGCAAGUGAUGUCACAACAACCUCACAUGCAUUGGUAAAGUGCAGUUAAUCCAUAUUGAGAAUACACUGCCUCGAACACUGACUUGAAUUAAUUUAGGCUAGGAAAUGUAUAUUUUAAGAUUAGUGCUAAUAUGCAUAUGUAAAGACUUCAGGACAUUUCUUAGCUGCAUGAAUAUCAUGCUACUAUUCAGCUAUACACAAGUGUUAUAUUUAUUGAAUUGCUUCAAGUAUUAGGAAUGAUAAUUCAUGGGGUACACAGGAUGUUUUAGUGAACGUUGUAAAGCUGUUUUUCUUAUUUGAGAGAUUUCUAGUUUUGAGAGUGAGAAUCUGGCAAUGUAAAUGUGCCAGUAUUGGUGUGGAGUUAAUUGACGCACAAUACCAAUGGAAUUGUCUUUGGAAAUUCCCUGCUCCUUUUGAUUAUUUGUGGUGCACACUGAUCAAUAUGUUUUUGCGUGCGAGCUGAAUGAGUUGGUAGGUGUGUUUCUGCCAUUGAGAUUUUCAUUGAUCAUCAGACAUGACUUUAUAAUGUAUCAGGUCUUGUGUGAGGAGCUUUUUGGUUCAUCUUGUCUUUGAGACAUUUUUAUUAAAUGUAAGUGCAGUAGUAAGAGCAAAUAAAAUGAACUAGAAAUGUG